GUAAAUGUGAUAAAUAUCAAGUGAGCGCAUUAUUAAAUUGAACCGCGCGCAGCGCACACGUUGCGGCUGGCGCCGAAUCGUAUGCGCAUCCUAAACGCGGCGCGCGUAAAUUAAUAUUAACACGCGAGUGACAAAAUAAAAAAGUGUAAAAUAAAAAAAAUAAAAGUAUUCAAAAUGCAGACGUUCAUUCUGACGGCCACGGUUUUAAUAUUAUUUGCGUUAAAAUGGAGCGAUGCAGCUUAUUUGCGAUGUUAUAAAGGAUCUCCUGACCGCUAUCUCACCACUCCGUUGAACACACCGCCAUCAGUCUCAUCAUCAUGCAUCGACGUCAAUCUUCCGACAGUUAUCUACACGUUUGGUUACCGCGGCAAGGUCGCCGGGCCGGCUACCACGGCGGUGAUAGGCGCUUAUCUGGCGACACGGAAGAGGAACGUCAUUCUACUCGACUGGGAGGACGAAGCUAGGAGCGGCGCCUUAGGUCUACCUCUGGGGUACAUGUUGAACGCCGUUCCUAACGCUAAAAGGAUCGGCGUUGAACUAGGCAACAGCCUGGUGAAGAUGGCUCAGGGAGGUGUGAACCUGACACACGUGCAUCUGGUCGGGCACUCGCUCGGGGCUCACAUCAUGGGAUACGCGGGCAAGCGAGCCAGGGAGAACGGAUAUGUUGUCUCAAGGAUAACUGGCUUAGACCCCGCGCGGGCGUUGUUCGAAGGCUCGCUGGCAUUAGGCUCCGGGCUAGACAGGACCUGCGCCAGAUUCGUUGACAUUAUCCACAGCGACCCCGGCGGCUACGGGACUAGUGCUGCCACGGGCACCGUGGACUUCUGGCCCAACUACGCGGGCAGCGGCUCCACGCAGCCCGGCUGCCCUAACGGUGACUUCGAUAUGUUCAGCCCUGAAGACCUGUGCAGCCACGAUCGCGCGUGGCGCUACUUCGUUGAGGCAGUGUCUUCUCCCACGGCGUUCCCCGCGGUUUCAGCAACCGACAGUGCCGCGUGGGCCGCCGGCGCUGGUGCUACGGCCCGCACUGACAACUUCGUAUACAUGGGAGACUUGACUAACACACGUGCCCGAGGUAACUUCUUCCUGACCACCAACAGCUCACCUCGUUUCGGCAAAGGCAAGGAGGGCCUUAAGGCCGACGACAACCAAGCCAGGAGGAGAAGGAACUCCACCCUCACAAGACUGCUAAAGUACCUCAGGUGAUACCUGAUCUCCCGCAUGGAGCGUACCGGGAGAACUUUAAGUCUCUACAUAAGGAUGUUGUUUUUAUAGAAAUAACUACUUAACUCCUUAUAUGUUUAUAAGUUGCUCUAAGAGGCGUCAAUUAACUGUUUAGUUUAGUCAAAGUGGUAACAUGAGGAUUAAUAAGUGCCUACGUAAAAUCUUCACACUAAAGGGAUCGUUAUAAUUUGCAAUAAUUCGGAAAGAGUAAUCUUUUCUGUGCCUUUCUGUAGAGUUCGAGGCUCGCGGAAGACUAAUAGGAAAUAUAAAAGGCUUAUUUAUAAGUACGCCUUCCUAAAAUUUCAAUUUCUGCCACGCGUAGGGUUAACAUUUAGGAAUUUCAAAAGUCCUGACAAUAAUCCUGACAUUUCGAAAAAAAGUCCGGACUUUUUAGUCACAAAA